AUGCAUGCACUCGCGCCUGCGAGCAGCAGCGGGCAGGCGCAGCGGAAGCGCAGACAUUACCACGCAGGGGCUGUUCCGUGGUGGGCUCCGGCAAGGCGCCGCAGCAAUUCUUCCUACGUUGGUGGCAUCUCGCCGGCACCCUCCUUGCCAUUCUCCUUUGCUCACCUCAACCACGGUGUUCUCGACCGAUACGACAUCUUCCCGCCAUCACUUGGCGAUACAUAUUCGACGUUCUCUGAUCCAGAUAUAUUCUCGUUCAGCAGCUUCCGCGGACUAUGCUGGUGGUUUUAUCUUCGCUUGAAAACCGGGGUGAUGUACGGCACCCGCUCGAAGAGGCUGCUGACACAGCUGUGCUCAAGGAUGACGGGCGCGUUUGGCGUAUCGCCACAAACGCUCGAGGACAUAGUCGGCUUCAGCUCGGAACUCCAUGCCACGCCGCCGGGCACGCCGCAGUCGACCUCGCGCUCGAUGCUGUUCCGUCUUCGGGAGCAUCGUGUGGCAAUUAAGCGCGCAGCGCAGACGCAGGUGAUGAAGACACGACCCCUGCAGCCUCCGCCGCGAUCCAUGUCUCGCACGGCGAUGCUCCCUAUACCGCCGGUGGAUGCAAUGACCUCGCAGGCGCAGACAAUCCAGUCUUUGCAGGCAUACGCGACGGAGGGCUGGCGGCAGCAAGCGGACAUGUACGACUUGCCAUUCCUCAAUCUUCACUACUACACGUCAACCAACAAUGCGCCUGCCACGAUGCCCGGUGUGGAUCCGAACUCGGUGUUUGCGAAGCUCGAUACGGACAUCUUGCGACAGGACCAAGCACUGGAUCUUGCGGAAACGUAUUCGAACGCGUCGAGAACGUUCGGAUUGCCGCCAUCCCUGACUCAGCAUAUCCCAAUGAUGUCUCAAAAGCGCGAGCAGUACGCUGCCUGCGACGACAAGGAUGCUACCGUCGCAUCAUCAUGGGCAGAGCGCAGUGUCGCUGCUUCGCAAGAGUAGUGACAAUAAGAGGAAACGCUCGAGCUGGAAUGGACCCGUUCAUUAGCUGGAAGAUUCAGAGGGAUUUCGGCGGAUCUCUGAGAC